CUUGCAUGAAGACCACGAAUGCUGGAAUAAAUCUGACAUUAUGACACCGGACACCCGCCGGGUCUGACGUGGCAGGGUCGAAUACUUGAGUCACUAUAAAGCCCAGGGGCCCCUCAGGACUAGGAGUUGUUUACCCUGAGACUGGACAGGACUGUAGCGCUGGACAGAGGAAAAAUUAUAAGAUCCAAUACGCAGGACUUUACGUCACAACAGGGGGCGCGAGUCUCGGGGCAUCUUUGGGGUGUUAUGCGCCGCUAGAGUGGAGGUGCUGUCAAAGGGGAGGUGGAACUGAAACAAGAGCAAUCCUGAUUUAAACGACAAAGACGUGCUUGAGAAACAGACUCAUAUUCUGGAGCGUUCGAACAGGAGUUUUAGUUCAUAAGAGGGAUUUACUGGAGGAAAACAUUAAUAGGAUUUAACUGUUAUUGGUGGACUGUGCGGUCACUUCAGUUACCUUUCAGUUGGAAUAGCAGCAGAAGCUUCUGAGCACAUAAAGGAAUGGCCGCACUGGAAUUGCACUGUGGGCCGGAUCCUGGGGGUUGUGGGUGGGGUGGAGAGAGAGUUGACCUGCUGGACAGUUUUGACUCUGAGAUGCAAGAAUGGGAAGAUCAGCUUCAGGAAAUGCAGAGGAAGAUUGAAGAGUUGUAUAAUGAGGUCAAAGCACGAAGAGAAGCCAACGAGACCAACACAAACCAUCUCACCAACAACAAAAGCCUUAACAUUACCUUGCUUCCUGUUAACCAAGCCAAUGGUUAUCCAUCUGGUCGCCCCAACAACAACCUCCCAGUUCGUCAAUCCAAUGGAGUUCAAGGUGGUCCUUCAGUUAUGAGAAGCUUUGGGUUUCACCAUCCCAGCAAUUACUGUAAUGGCUCCAACAAUUACAUGCUUAAUCCACUAAGCAAUAGCAGCCAUAACCCUAACAGUUGUCAUAAUAUUGACAACCAGGACACCACACUAGAUAUCCUCAACCGAUACCUCCAACAGGGGACACAAUUGGGAAAUAACCAAAGGAAUCUUGGAGCUCCAAACACAGCAUAUCCAGUUUCACACAGUUAUCAGGACAGUAUGAAGACAAGCCCUGGGACAAACAGGACUGCCUCAGGCGUAGUUGUGGAAGAGUUUGAGGAGGUUGAGAACAAGAACAAGAAAUCAAGUCUGGAUGAGUUUCAGGCUCGUCAUGUUAGUUGGAAAGACCCGAUUUCAUCAAACAACCAUCUCACUAAAUAUUCAGCUUCUAAACAGCCAAUUAAACAGAGAAAUGCAUCACCCGUUCCCUCUCGUUCCACCUACCAUGAGUCAUCACAACAACCUGACAGAAAGUGCCUCUUGGUCGACAGGAAGUGUGGUAGUCCAUCAGUGUUGCGUAAGUUUGGCGCUAUGUUGCAGGAGAACGAGGGGAAAACCCUGAUUGAGGAUGGUCUCAUGACCACUGUGAUCUCUACUGAACCGCCAAGGCAUGUCAACACUUCCGUCUGCCAGAGCAAGUUCGACUCCAGGUGGACGUCCACACAUGUGCCCAUCCAGAAAUGCAUUGCAGACUGUGAUGUACCGAUGGCGGAACUGGAGCCCGGCCAGGAUCCUUGGGCAGCUGUUCCCCCUCAACAUUUGCUCCAGAACAGAGACAGCGAGAUGGUUGGCUCUGCUCCUGAGAAAAAUGGCUUGGCCUUCAACCUAAGCCCUUCGCAGUCGCACCUAAAAGCAGGGUACCACAAGAAUGCUCCUGGACCUAAAACCCAUAAAGCAGGCUUCCAGUAUGAGGACCUAUUCUCUGACUACCGGAUGGUAGAGAGGAUUCUGGGAGCAGGGUCUCAACAUUAUGGCAAGGUACACACAGGUCUCAACCUGGACCAACUUCUGGAAAUGAUGGAGAUAGAGAACAGUAGAAGUCAGAUAGUCACUGUCACCCAACAACUGGACACCAAGCAGGUCAUACGUGAAUCGUCUCCUGCCCCCAUCACAAGCAAUUUUUCUCGUCCUUCUCGGCCAGCCAAUCAACGUCGUCCAUCCAGAUGGGCAAAGCAUACCCCCCCAAGCAAAAUCCCCCCUACGUCCUGCCCACCAAGCCCCAGACUGAAAGCCAGACCAUUCUUAAACUCCCUGCACACAGAAACUGUCAUCAUGUGACCAGGAUUGAACAACCUCGAAAGGACACUUUUAUCUUUGAACAGGCAUCUUGAAUCUUGGAUCUUUUUCCAAUGGACAAACCUUUCAACUUUGACAUUUUGGCUGAACAUAAACUGCUUUCUUUUGUAUGUAACGGUCAUCAACCCUUCAAAGUACCUUAUUACAGUCUAUAACUUCAAAAGGUGUGAGUGCUUUUUGAAGUGUUCUGGAAAGUAACCCCGGUGGAAAUUCUGUGACCUGGUAAACUUCUGUGCCUACAUAACCAGCAUUUCCUUUCAGCGUUCUCUCUUUUACUGUCAUUCUCAUUCACAUUUUUCUAGUUUUUUUCCGUUUAUUUUUAUUAUUAUUAUUUUACUGAGUGCUUUGAAUACAGUGCAUAUCUUACAAUGCCUUGUAGGGAAUUUUUUAAUCAUGUAAGCAUGUAUGCAACAUACAUAACAUGUUUUUAAACAUACAAAGCAACCUAAUAUAUUAUGCAUAAUUUGUAAAGGUGUGUGCAAAUGUUUUUAUGUCAAAUCGCCAUAAAGUCCAUUUCAGUAGUGCAUUAGUGCUUCAUAAUAUUGACAUGUUGAAGUCGUAAUUGGCUCAUAAUGUGUUUUACAAGCCUUAUUUGAUGGUGCCUGAUAUGGGCUGUAACUAUGCGGUGCAUGGCACCUUUUUUUUGAGGAAACAGGUCUGCAUUUUCUGGCCUUGUAAAAUUGCCAAAUAAACAAAGUGAAUCUUUUAAGUUCAAGUAAUCUGUGAAAAUUAUAUCUUUUGAUUGUAUUAUAAUGAUGAAAUGCUUUCGGAAUGUUUAUUUAAUGUUGUGAUAUGACCAUUACAAUAACGUGAUGCUUUUGUGUUUUUUUUCUUUUUCUGAAUAAUAAACGCAAGUGCUUUGAAUAGU